GGACUAUAAAUAAGCAUUUGAAAAAUGCAUACUGCAGAAGCAGAACCAGAACCCAACAACUCUCUAAUCUAACGAACCCUACAAAAUUCAACUUUCUCAAUUCACUCCAAAUUUGGCAUGACAAUUCUUCAAUCUUCAAUAAACAAUGGUCAAUGAUCGCAUUCAUCAUCACCGUGGUUCAAUUCCCGUCAUUGCCAAUCCAAACGAAUCGCCAAUGGUAGUAAUCAAUGAUAAAAAAAACGAUUUUUCAAUAUUUCCCCCAAUUAACCACGAAAAUCUCAAUCUCUUCACAAAUCACCAAAUUCCACCACAAUUGCAACCGCAAUCACCACCUUCUUGUUCUCCUCCGUCUUUUUCAACUUCUGAUUGCGAAACAUGUGGUGAAUAUUCGCCACAAUUGGAUUCAACUCUUCGAAAAGGUGGAGACUUUAUUGGGUGGUUGUGUAUUGGUUUUCAGAUCUUACGUUCUAAGUUCGUUUCAGCUGUUUCAUCUUGCCGGAACCGUGGAGGGGCAAUUCGGUCAUUUGGGUUACCUGCUGUCACUGUGGUAUUCAUUGUGAUGAUGUUGAUGAGGAGGAAGAAGAAUAGAAGGAGGAAUCGGAAUCUUACGCCUAAUGAGUCUCGUCUUGUGCAAAUCAUUAUGGAGAAAGAUGGGAAAAUUGCCCAACUUUUGCACCAGAUAGCACAAAUGAAUGAAAUGCUGAUUGAGCGUCACAAAGCUUUGGCUGCAAAAGUGGUUAAAUGAUUGGCUAAGGUUUGCGAAUAUGGUACCUAUUGCAAACCACAUUCAUGAAGAGUACUGGUAUUUGUUGGUAUGUAAAUAGACAAAAGAACUAAUUAUGAUUCUUGGUGCAUAUUCCCCACUACAGCAGAUUGUUCUAACAUGAACUAAGAAGUGUUUUCAUCUCAAACAUAAUGGAAGAAAAUGGCUGGCAGGGAAACUAGCAGAGCACACUCUAACUGUACUAAUGUUUAGUUAGCAAUGUUCUUCUUGCUCCGAAAUUUAGCACAUAUUGCAUUUUUACAAGCUGUUGAUCUCAAAUUGGCUCCAACAUUUUGGUUUAGCUUUAGGAAAGUCCUAAACUUGGUUUUAUUUGACCAAAAUCUAUUCUUAUUUGCAUUUAGCUUUUGUUAAUGAAAGAGGGUCAAUUUUCUCAAGCAUGUAAUUAUUUUUGUAUGAAAUUCUUAAGCAUAUUAUGUUAGGUUUGAUUUGUGAUUCA